UGUCUCAGGCGGGAGUCAAGCACAUGAGGAGCCGCCAUUGUUCCCCUUUUUCGUGUGUGAUAGAUUUUACUCUGUGAGAAAACUUUCUUGUGAUAAAAGUGAAAUCCGUGACACAGAAACUUUUUCGGAACGUACAACAAGAUCAGGGAGCUGGAUACCUACACACGCCUUCGAAUAGAAAGCUACGCAGAACCAGCAACGCCUGUUUGUGUGAUGUCCCAUAGUAUUCACAGCACAUUCAAGAUGGCCCCCUUAUGUUCGUGUUUUUUCUAAAAGGAAUAGUUUGAAGCAAACAGUGGGUGACUUUUGCAGAAGCAUAGCGGCGCAGUGUUUUUUCUAAGUUCUCGUUUUGUUCACACUGUAUUGAUUUCUGGAGAUGCAACGCAUGAAAAGUCAAGGAAAUCCAGUGAGCAACGGGCCUAAAGAAGUCGUCAAGGAUGAAGAAUUGGAUUCGUGGCGCAACCACACCCCUGCCCAGCAGCAACAGCAGCAGCAAGCAUACAAUGCGGCGGCCGCAGCAGCUCAGCACCUCUCGACCAGUUCGCAGCUGGGGGAGCCCUACAUCCCCAGUUACUACGCCUCCAUGUCCUUCCCGUACCUCAACCAGGGCCUGGGGGACGGUGCGUGGAGCAACGGGGGCGACCCGGUCAACUUCUUCGGCAGCUACGGCAGCCAGAUGGGAGCCGCUGGGGAACAGCCUCCGCACUAUGUGGACGGCAUGUUUGGGCAGAACAGCUUUCCGGGUUACGGGCAGGGAUUUAGCUUCUUUCCGGGCAGUGGGGGAGACUACUCCACCUGGGGAGCGGGUGCUCCGACGGCGGGGUCGGCGGCACAGCAGCAGGCGAGCAAGGCGGCCUACGCGGAUUAUGAAUACAGAGACUAUGACCCCGCGGAUCGAGGACUCAAGCACCUAGAACAAGGCAUCCGAUCUCUAGGCCUGACCGAAAAGGAGUUUGCACCCAAAGACCCAUACGGAAAACCUGGCUGUCUGGACAUGUCUGCCCCGCCUCCACAGCUUGUGGGCGUCAAGAAAUUCUCCGGCGGCGACAAGAAGAUGUCUUGGGCUUCGGUGGCCAGCCAACCCGCCAAGCCGAAGGCUCUCAAGAGCAAGUCCCCCUUGUUACCGCCGGGAAAGCAUCCCAUGGACAUAGGCACGUGGGAGGGUAAGAACGGCGGUGGCAAGCCUCGUCAGCAAGCCGCAACUCCUUGGGCUGUGCAACAGCAGCAGCCCAACCCAACGUCCGUGGCCUGCGGAGAGAGCUACACCCACCCCGUACUGGAAAAGCUACGACUCGAGAACAACUACAACCCCAAGGACUUUGACAUGGAACCCAAAGGUGCACGGUAUUUUAUCAUCAAGAGCUACUCCGAGGACGACAUCCACCGGUCCAUCAAGUACUCCAUCUGGUGCUCGACGGAGCACGGCAACAAGCGCUUGGAUGGGGCGUACCGGGACGCUCAGGGCCCCAUCCUGCUCUUCUUCAGUGUCAAUGGGUCGGGCCAUUUCUGCGGCAUGGCAGAGAUGGUCUCCCCGGUGGACUAUUCGGCGACGGCGUCCGUCUGGGCGCAGGACAAGUGGAAGGGACAGUUUAGGGUGCGCUGGGUGUAUGUGAAGGAUGUGCCCAACUCUCAGCUGCGCCACAUUCGCCUGGAGAACAACGAGAACAAGCCCGUGACCAACUCUCGAGACACGCAGGAGGUGCCCCCGGAGAAGGGGAGACAGGUGCUGAAGAUUAUUCACAACUACCGGCACACGACGUCCAUCUUUGACGACUUCCUUCACUACGAGAAGCGGCAGGAAGAAGACGAGCAGCCGGAACCUGGCCUACUGUCUAAUUUGGAUCAUUUGAAAGCACCGGAACCCAUGAAGGAAAACAAGCCAAUGCCACUGCCCACCGGUAACCACCACAUGCAGCCAAGAUACCACCACCAACAGACAUGGUAAGGGCAUCCCAAAAGGUGGCCCUCUCCCCCACCACGUGGCAGGACUGGUUUUCUACUAGAGGGCCGUGUGUGCAUCGUGUGUGCGUUUUGUGCGUGCGUGCAACUUUUUUCCUCAAUCUCUUUCCUCCCCUCCUUUGUCUGGGCUGUCAGCAGUCGUGCAGAGCUGCCCUGCAUGUUUCUUUGCCGUCACAGGAACUUGCCAUCACAUAACGAGAACGAGAAGAAGAAGAGAAAAAAAAAAACGUCAGCAAGGCUGGACAAAAGGCACCAAUGUCAUGCCGGGAGUUGACUGUUGGCCUUUUGCCGUGUUCAGGAUGAUUGUUUCCCCUGGAUCAUUAUUUUUGUCCACGUAAUUUACUGCUUCUGUCACUCUCCACCGCCUGCCCUGUGGGUCUGACUGCCGGCGCUGCGUUUGUUCGGACUGGCCAUGGAAUGUGCGUCUGGAAGGCUCUGUUGUUUCGACGUAGUGCAGGGAAUGUGCUGUGUAGGGGGGUGGGAAAGGGGGGCAGAUUUUACCCCCCCCCAUGCGGGGAAGUUUCGCGAGUUGUGACGACGUCUACCAGAUGACAUCGGAUUCGGCUAUGGGGUGUGCAAAGCGUGCUUUGGUGAUGCAGUUUUGUCAUUAUGAUUGUUUUUCUUUCCUUUUUUUUUUUUUUUCCUCCUGGGACUGUGGUGUGUGCGGACGGACUAGAAUCUGGACUGAAAAGAAAUACAACAUUGGAACAAAGACUCGGCGGACUCCUGUACCUCCUCCGAGGGAAACGGACUGAAAACAGAUUUUUUUUUUUUUCUUUGCGGGACAGUUUAAAAAAGUUUAAUGAAAUAUGGUGGUGACACGUUAAAAGUUUGAAAGUGGACGUUUAGGAUAGGCGACGAAAAAAAUAGUUAAGGGAGAGACAGUGCUGCAAAAGACGGUGCCGACAACGUUUGCGAGAGAGCGUUGGCGCGCACAACUGUUGUGACAAAAAAAAAAAAGGACUGAUCUCUCCUAGCUUGUUGGAGAAUCGGACUCGUAAUUCUGGGGACUGUUUUAGGGUGACCCAUCUCGUGUUUCUGGGGAACUUUGAUCUGCGGUUGUUGUAAUUGUGCACAGAGACAAGUACGGCUGUGAUUACCUUAUCAUUUUGUAGAGGACAGGCAUAUUUUGCGGGGAACAAAGUGCUCGUUUUCUUACUUUAUUUUUUCCCCCACCUUUUUUUAGGAUUAUUGAGGUGGUCUUCUCAAGAAGCAGAAAAAGAAGAAGAAAAAUCUUGUUUCAAAGUUUGGUUCAGAAUGUGAUUGUGGGUGGAGACAAAAUAGAGAGCCGUUUUUGUUGGAA